GUAGACAAACAAUUUUUGGAUCUGGUGUUGAAAGAUGAGACUACUGGCUUUGGCUGUGGUUUGCGCUCUCAUUGCUAUCCAGGAUGGACGGAGUGUGGGAGCAGCUCUGCAAGGAGUCGACCCUGCACAGAGAACACAUGCAACAGGAGCAGUGUCCUCUGCAUUCAGGAGAACAGCAGGCGACUUCCUGGCAGAGGAUCCGAGCCUCUGCUUUUCCCUGAGAGAGAACGAAGACCAGAGGCAGCUCCUUUGCAAUGAUCGCAGAAGUAAUUUCAACUACAACCCUCUCAGCCUUCGCUUUGGAAAACGCUACAACGGCUACAUUUACAGAAGAGCUGUUAAAAGAGCCAGGACGAAAAAGGUUUCACCCUUCUCUCUGUUCUUGCGAGAACUGGAGGUGCCCACCUGAAACAGAGGACAUGAACUGGGGAAGUAUGUUAUUUGUGGUGGAAAGUCAAACGGCGACAGCAGUGUUCUUAAAACUCUUUAUUUAAAAAAGGUUUCCCUGAUUAAAACUUUUGCACCUAUCUUUAAUGUAAAAUUAUUUUCAGAUGCUACAAUGGAGAGGAGAACUAUGUAAAUAAAAUACUUUUAGAGAGCA